UCAAGGUUACGUGACUCGGACACGUUUAAAAGAAAAACAAAUCACCUAUCAAAUAUUUAAAGAUAAAAAAAAGUGUUUAAAUAAUGGAACAGCUUAAAGCCUUUGUAUCCAAGUCAUUUGCAAACGAGGAAAAUGUAAAAUCCGCCACGAAAGAUGGGUCUCACAAUUCAUUGAACUGGAUUCGCAUUUACGAGGAGCACUCGACAAAAAUUCCACAAAUUGAUGAUUCUGGAUCAGAUUCGUCUAUUGAUGUUCAAACCUGCAGCCGGUCCCGAAAACACGGUGUAGUAGAAUCGACGCACAGCAAACUGAUUAUUGAAAAAUGUGGCACAUCAAAACAAUUAGAACAGAACAAAAAAGACGAAGAGAAAGGGAUAAAUUCUUCAAACAAUGUACCAGAACAUGAAACAUGCGGACACCAAAGAUUGACAAAGGAGAAAAUGAAACUAAAGCAACGCCGAAGUCGAACAAACUUUACCAUGGAACAGCUAAGCGAACUUGAAAAGUUAUUUGAAGAAACGCACUACCCAGACGCAUUCAUGCGUGAAGAACUGAGUCGUAAGCUGGGGCUCUCAGAAGCACGUGUUCAGGUGUGGUUUCAAAACCGGAGAGCCAAAUGCCGCAAGCAAGAAACUCAUUUUGGAAAAGGAUUCGGCGGUAAUCUUGUAGGAAAACCCUUACCAGUAGAUUCUUGCCGCGUGGCUCCAUAUCUAAGCGUUGGAUCAGUGAAGCUGCCGAUUGAUCGAUUACAGGCCCAACUUCAAAUGAAUCUAACUCAGCCCGAACCAAGGCCCAUUGCCCCCUUUUUUACUCACCCGUUACUGAUGUUCCCCACAGGCACAUACCAGUUUCCUCUGGCCACGCUUAUGGGCGGAGUUAUGACGUCCCAUAAGGCGGCGAGUAUCGAGGACUUGAGAUCAAAGGCAAAACGGCAUGCUGCGGCGUUUGGUCUUUUAUAAUUAUCUAUUAUUAAAAUAUUUAACAUUAAUAUAAUUUUUAAAAAAAUAACAUUAUAAUAGUAAAAUGCUGGAUAACCAUAGAGGAAAGAAGAUGGAAUGUUGAGAGUGGUAAAUAAAUUGUAAAGUGAAUGGGUUGGGAUGAAUAUGUGAUAUCUGGCUACGAAUGAUACAGUGACAUGGACUAUGGAAUGAAAGACAAGAAAGAGACCGAAAAAGUGCGAAUAAUGUUCGGUAAAAUAAUAUAUCUAUUUAUAAAGGCUUAAACUCAUUACUCUGUUAGGUUAAUACCAGGAGGUUUGGCCUCAUGAUGAUCACUACGACUUGAGAAGAUUUAAGCUAUUGAAUGAAUUACUAAUCAUAUGCCUAUAUCAAUAGCUUGAUAAUUUUUUUGCCAAAUCGUUUCUUCCGGUCAGCAUCAUUUAUAUAUGGUUAUGAUGGCAAAGUUGACGAAGACUCUCGAAUAUAAUUUUGAGGUAGCGCUGGCGCUUUGAUUUUGCAUAUACAUUUAUAGUCAUGGUAGGUGUACCUGUACUUAGCUAUACCGCUUUAUAUUUUUUAAUGUUCCUUAAAACCAAGAUGUACAUAAAUGAGGUACUCUCUAAAACAUCUCUUGUAGUAAUGCAACCCAUUCAACCCUGAUCAUAUAAAUUCAGAAAAUACUUGUUAAAAUUUAUUUGCUAUUUUAUGCUACUAUAUCAUUAAAAUUGUUUGUGUAAAUUAUAAUGGCUAAUGGGCGUUUUCAAUUAGUUUAAACUUUUGUACCGCAACUCUCCGUUUCCCGUCAAUUGUUUUUAUUUUUGUUUGCAAAGAAAAUGUACGAUUAUUGCUGACUGAUUACAUGUAGUAAAAUGAAUAAAGACAAAUUUAGAAAUUUAUAAAAUGACAACGUAAGCGUUUCCGCGUUGACAUGAAUUGACUCCGGUUAAUUUGAAGUGUUCAUGCCUAUUAAUAUGCAUAUAGGUUAACAUAUUUCUUAAAUUAUGCCUGGGCGUCAAACAAACCGAAUAGGUUAUUCAAUAUUAAAGAGAGUAAAAUAAAAAUAAAAAAUAAAACACGUAAUACAGUUCGCAAAAUCGGUUAGGUUGUCUCAAAUAGAAGUCGUGAACACAGCACAGCGUUAUUUAGUUGGAAACUACAUUGUAAAACGUGGUUUAACAUAAAAUAAACCCGCUUUGUACA